CGAGACGGUCCCGCGGCGGCGCUGGGCCUCGGCUGAGGGGAAGCAUGGGGCUGUGAGCUCAGGCCCCGCGCUCGCCAUGCCAGGGAAAGCCCAGCACUUCCAGGGUCCUCAGGUCAGCUGCUGCGCCAAAUACCUGCUCUUCGCCUCCAAUGUGCUCUUCUGGUUGUUGGGGGCAGCUUUCCUAGCCAUUGGCUUGUGGGCUUGGGCAGAAAAGGGUGUACUUUCCAAUCUGUCAUCCAUCACAGACCUUGGUGGCUUUGACCCAGUCUGGCUUUUCCUCGUGGUUGGAGGGGUGAUGUUCGUGCUGGGUUUUACUGGCUGUAUUGGGGCACUGAGGGAGAAUACGUUGCUCCUCAAAUUUUUCUCUGUGUUCCUGGGGCUCAUCUUUUUCCUGGAGCUGACAGCUGGUGUCCUGGCCUUCAUUUUCAAGGACUGGAUCAAGGAUCAGCUCAACUUCUUUAUUAACAAUAAUGUCAAGGCAUAUCGCGAUGACAUAGACCUCCAGAACCUUAUAGACUUUGCUCAGGAAUAUUGGUCGUGUUGUGGGGCUCAUGGACCUAAUGACUGGAACCUUAACAUUUAUUUCAACUGCACUGACUCCAAUCCCAGCAGGGAGCGCUGUGGGGUGCCCUUUUCCUGCUGUCUCAAGGAUCCUGCGGAAGAUGUUCUCAAUACACAAUGUGGCUAUGAUGUCCGCCUUAAACUGGAGCUGGAGCAGCAGAGCUUCAUUCACACGAAAGGGUGUGCUGGUCAAUUUGAGAAGUGGCUCCAGGACAAUCUCGUUGUAGUGGCAGGGACCUUUAUAGGUGUGGCUCUUCUACAGAUAUUUGGUAUCUGCCUGGCACAGAACCUAGUGAGUGACAUCAAUGCUGUGAAAGCCAAUUGGUGACACCAGAAGUGAGAUUUUGCUGUCUCCUACAGAUUCCCAGAUCUCUUGAAGGACUGAAGCCAAGUCUUCAAGCUACAACCACUGAGUGCUGCUAAGCCAUCAACAAGCUCCUAUCGGGGGUUGAGAUGGGAGUCACCAGUAUUAGUAACUACCUGAUGCCUUUCCAUAGCUUUCUCUUCCUGACUGGGGCACAUAAGUCAUGUAAAUAGUAUUUAUGUCAGGCUUCUGGAGGCUCCUUUGACCCACUGCAAAAACUGCAGAAUUAGAAGCAUCUGUUAUGCAUAUAGCCUGGAAGCAGCUCUGGAUUUUGUUGCGUGACCACCGGAGGCCCCUAUUGAUGAGGUAGCAUGGCUCAUGUGGUUUCCACUGAGGAAGCUAGUGGAAACAUUGUCCUAAUCCUGCUGCCUGGAGCAGCUUCACACUCCUACCUGUCUUGGCCCCCUACUUGAAUUCUCUACACUCUACUCCCCGUCUGCUCUGCUCUCCUGCUUAACCAGAGAUUAAGUUGGGGUAACUCAAGCCUGAGUUCCCUUGUUCAAAUUACAUCUUAUUUUGUGGAUCAUACUGUUGGAUUUUGCUGUUGUCCUAAGAGGUCCGAAACAAGCUAUUGGGAAGAUGCUAUUAUAACUCGUUGGGGGCAGUAAUUUUCAGUUUUGGUUUUUAAGGCUAAAAUUCUGGCGGAUAUGGAUUCCAGUGGGAGUAAAGCCUAUCAGACAAAACCAAACAGGUCAAUUCAGUCCAAUCCACAAAUAGUAAACCAAUAGUAAACUAAAAAAAUCUUCUCUGAUAGUUUAGAAAAACAUGACACUGUAACAGAAAUGAAUCUGUUCUGAGCAUUUGAUUGAACCUGUUUGGUACGUUACAGAAUCUUACAAGUUACUUGAACUUAAAAGGUAAAUUUGGAUAUGUUUAAUCAGCCCCAUUAUUUGUAUGACAAAUGUGCAGUCUUUUAUAUGCAAUAUCUAUUUCUCUGAAGGGCCCACAAAGAGAAUUCUAGAUCUCUUGAACCAAGUUUUGUCCUUGGCUGGAUAUAAUGCCACCUUUUGUUCCAGAAGUUGGCUCAUAGCCUUGCAGAGUACUUGUAUUUCAUGGAAUGGUGCAAUGCUGAGAAAGAUUUUGCACUGAUACACCUCUCUGCACGGCUAUAAUGUAGGUUCUACUACUUCCUUUCUUUUUGAAAAGAGUUUAUCUUAAUCUCCCUGG